AUGUCUAAAUUAGAAGUUGUUACUGAAAAUGUCACAAACGGUCAUACUGGUGAAGUACAAACUAUUCAAUAUACUCAAUCUCAAAUGGUUGGUCAUGGAUCAUUUGGAGUUGUAUUUCAAACUCAAAUAAUGCCAACAAAUGAAAUUUGUGCAAUGAAAAGAGUUUUACAAGAUAAAAGAUUUAAAAAUAGAGAAUUAGAAAUUAUGAAAACUGUUCAUCAUAGAAAUAUAGCAGAUUUAAAAUAUUAUUUUUAUACAAAUAAUGAUAAAAAUGAAUUAUAUUUAAAUUUAAUAUUGGAAUUUGUACCUGAAACUUUAUAUAAAGCUUCUCAUUUUUAUGUAUCAAAAAGAUUAAAUAUGCCAUCAUUAGAAAUAAAAUUAUAUACUUAUCAAAUGUUUAGAGCUUUAAAUUAUAUUCAUAGUAUGAAAAUUUGUCAUAGAGAUAUAAAACCUCAAAAUUUAUUAAUAAAUCCUUUAACUGGUGAAUUAAAAUUAUGUGAUUUUGGUUCUGCUAAAAAAUUAUCACCAGAUGAACCAAAUGUUUCAUAUAUAUGUUCAAGAUAUUAUAGAGCUCCUGAAUUAAUAUUUGGUGCAACUAAUUAUACAACAAAAAUAGAUGUUUGGAGUGCAGGAUGUGUUAUGGCUGAAUUAAUAUUAGGUCAACCAUUAUUUCCAGGAGAAAGUGGUAUAGAUCAAUUAGUUGAAAUUAUAAAAAUCUUGGGUACACCAUCAAAAGAUCAAAUUAAAAAUAUGAAUCCAAAUUAUAUGGAACAUAGAUUUCCACAAAUAAAACCAAUACCAUUAAAUAAAAUUUUUAAAAAAAUGAAUAAUGAUUGUAUACAAUUUUUAAUUAAAGUUUUACAAUAUUCACCAAUUGAAAGAAUUAAUUGUAUUCAAGCAAUGAUUGAUCCAUAUUUUGAUGAAUUAAGAAAUGAAUCUACAAUGCUACCUAAUUAUAGAAAAAUGAUAAGUCAUCAACAACAUAACAACAACAACAGCAACAAUGGUUCAAUAAAUGGUGGAUCCGAUUUAAGACAAUUACCAGAAUUAUUUGAUUUUGAUCAAUGGGAAUUAAAAGUUGAUCCAAGUUUAAAUCAUUUAUUAAUACCAAAAUGGAAAUUAAAUCAAUUAAAUGAUCAACAAUAUCAACAAGAUUAUAAUCAACAAUCAGCACAUCCACAGCAACAACAUCCACAACAAGCAGUACAACCACCAGCACAACAACCACAACAACAACCACUACAACAACCACUACAAUGA